CCCGGCCCGGGCUCGGUGCCCCCGCCCGGGGACCCGCGGGGGCGCCCCGUCGAGACCAUGAGGAAAUUCAACAUCAGGAAGGUGCUGGACGGCCUGACCGCCGGCUCGUCGUCGGCCGCCCAGCAGCAGCAGCAGCACCCGCCUGGGACCCGGGAGCCCGAGGUCCAGGAGACGCUCCAGUCCGAGCACUUCCAGCUCUGCAAGACUGUUCGCCAUGGAUUUCCCUAUCAGCCGUCAGCUCUGGCCUUUGAUCCUGUGCAGAAGAUCCUGGCAGUGGGCACUCAGACUGGUGCAUUAAGGCUCUUCGGUCGUCCGGGAGUAGAGUGUUACUGCCAGCAUGAGAGUGGGGCUGCAGUCAUCCAGCUUGAGUUCCUGAUUAAUGAGGGAGCUCUUGUGAGUGCCUUGGCUGACGACACCUUACAUUUAUGGAAUUUACGUCAAAAGAGACCUGCCAUAUUACAUUCACUUAAAUUUUGCAGAGAAAGGGUUACAUUUUGCCAUCUGCCUUUCCAGAGUAAGUGGCUCUAUGUGGGCACUGAGCGAGGUAAUAUACAUAUCGUCAAUGUGGAGUCCUUCACACUCUCAGGCUACGUCAUUAUGUGGAAUAAAGCCAUCGAACUCUCAUCUAAAUCUCACCCAGGACCUGUCGUCCAUAUAAGUGAUAAUCCAAUGGAUGAAGGAAAGCUGUUGAUUGGCUUUGAAUCUGGAACAGUAGUGCUGUGGGACCUCAAGUCAAAGAAAGCCGACUACAGAUACACGUACGAUGAGGCUAUCCACUCUGUUGCUUGGCACCAUGAAGGAAAACAAUUUAUUUGCAGUCAUUCAGACGGUACAUUGACUAUAUGGAACGUGAGGUCUCCUGCUAAGCCUGUACAGACAAUCACUCCACAUGGAAAACAGUUAAAGGAUGGGAAGAAGCCAGAGCCAUGCAAACCUAUCCUCAAGGUGGAAUUCAAAACGACUAGAUCUGGGGAGCCUUUUAUUAUUUUAUCAGGAGGUUUGUCAUAUGAUACUGUAGGAAGAAGACCUUGCUUAACAGUCAUGCAUGGGAAAAGUACUGCCGUGUUAGAAAUGGACUAUUCCAUUGUUGAUUUUUUGACCCUGUGUGAAACACCAUACCCAAAUGAUUUUCAGGAACCAUAUGCUGUGGUUGUUCUUCUAGAAAAGGAUUUAGUACUUAUAGACCUUGCACAAAAUGGAUAUCCUAUAUUUGAAAAUCCCUACCCUUUGAGUAUACACGAAUCCCCUGUGACGUGUUGCGAAUAUUUCGCCGAUUGUCCCGUGGACCUCAUUCCUGCACUUUAUUCUGUUGGAGCUAGACAGAAACGCCAAGGUUACAGCAAAAAGGAGUGGCCCAUCAACGGAGGUAAUUGGGGCUUGGGUGCUCAAAGUUACCCAGAAAUAAUUAUUACAGGGCAUGCUGAUGGGUCAGUUAAGUUCUGGGAUGCUUCUGCAAUAACUCUACAAGUAUUAUAUAAAUUAAAGACAUCUAAAGUAUUUGAAAAGUCAAGAAAUAAAGAUGACAGGCCAAACACAGACAUUGUAGAUGAGGAUCCGUAUGCCAUUCAGAUCAUCUCCUGGUGUCCAGAAAGUCGAAUGCUGUGCAUAGCUGGAGUUUCGGCUCAUGUCAUUAUCUAUAGAUUCAGCAAACAGGAAGUGAUUACAGAAGUCAUUCCGAUGCUUGAAGUUCGACUGUUAUAUGAGAUAAACGAUGUGGAAUCCCCAGAGGGAGACCAGGCGCCCCCUUUGCCAACACCAGUGGGGGGUGCCAAUCCCCAGCCCAUUCCUCCUCAGUCUCAUCCUUCCACGAGUAGCAGUUCAUCUGAUGGGCUUCGUGAUAAUGUCCCUUGUUUAAAAGUUAAAAGUUCACCACUGAAACAAUCUCCAGGCUAUCAGACAGAACUGGUUAUUCAGUUGGUCUGGGUGGGUGGAGAACCACCGCAACAAAUAACCAGCCUGGCGAUCAAUUCUUCCUACGGAUUGGUAGUUUUUGGCAAUUGUAACGGCAUUGCGAUGGUUGACUACCUCCAGAAAGCAGUCCUCCUCAACCUGGGCACUAUUGAAUUAUAUGGCUCCAGUGAUCCCUAUCGGAGGGAACCUCGGUCUCCUCGUAAAUCUCGGCAACCUUCAGGAGCGGGACUGUGCGAUAUUAGUGAAGGGACUGUCGUCCCAGAGGAUCGCUGCAAAUCGCCGACUUCUGGUUCUUCAUCACCACACAAUUCAGAUGAUGAACAAAAAAUGAAUAAUUUUAUAGAAAAGGUGAAGACCAAAAGCAGAAAGUUUUCCAAGAUGGUAGCCAGUGAUAUAGCAAAGAUGUCAAGGAAGUUAAGCUUGCCUACUGACCUAAAGCCUGACUUAGAUAUAAAAGAUAAUUCCUUCAGCCGAUCGCGGAGUUCGAGCGUGACCAGCAUUGAUAAAGAAUCCCGAGAAGCAAUCUCUGCUCUUCAUUUCUGUGAGACUUUUACUCGAAAGGCGGAUUCCUCUCCUUCCCCGUGUUUGUGGGUUGGUACCACGUUGGGAACAGUGCUUGUCAUUGCACUGAACCUUCCCCCAGGAGGAGAGCAAAGGCUUCUGCAGCCCGUCAUCGUGUCUCCCAGCGGUACUAUAUUGAGGUUAAAAGGGGCGAUCCUGAGAAUGGCGUUCCUGGAUACCACAGGCUGCUUAGUGCCACCCGCAUACGAAUCCUGGAGAGAGCCCAACGUCCCUGAAGAAAAAGACGAGAAGGAGAAACUGAAAAAACGGCGGCCUGUCUCCGUCUCCCCCUCCUCUUCUCAGGAAAUGAGUGAAAACCAGUAUGCAGUGAUAUGUUCAGAGAAACAGGCGAAGGUCAUCUCGCUGCCGACUCAGAACUGUGCGUAUAAGCAGAACGUCACGGAGACCUCGUUCGUGCUCCGAGGGGAUAUCGUAGCGCUGAGUAACAGCAUCUGCCUCGCCUGUUUCUGUGCCAACGGCCAUAUCAUGACCUUCAGUUUGCCAAGUUUAAGGCCUCUGUUGGACGUGUAUUACUUGCCCCUCACCAACAUGCGGAUAGCCAGAACGUUCUGCUUCACCAACAAUGGACAAGCGUUGUAUCUUGUCUCACCCACAGAAAUCCAGAGACUCACUUACAGUCAAGAGACCUGUGAAAACCUUCAGGAGAUGUUGGGUGAACUCUUCACUCCUGUGGAAACACCCGAAGCACCAAACAGGGGAUUCUUUAAAGGCUUGUUUGGAGGUGGUGCACAGUCUCUGGAUAGAGAGGAACUAUUUGGAGAAGCAUCCUCGGGGAAGGCGUCGAGGAGUCUCGCCCAGCAUCUCCCUGGCCCUGGGGGCAUUGAAGGCGUGAAGGGAGCGGCAUCUGGAGUCGUGGGUGAAUUAGCACGGGCCAGGUUGGCCCUCGACGAGAGGGGCCAGAAACUGGGCGACCUGGAAGAGAGAACUGCAGCAAUGCUGUCCAGUGCCGACUCACUUUCCAAACAUGCUCAUGAGAUGAUGUUGAAAUACAAAGAUAAGAAGUGGUACCAGUUCUGACACCAGGAAUUCAAAUAAGUCCAACUUCAGCCAGAAGGAAAAGAAUUUUCCUUUUUGAUGUUACUGAUUUCGCUUUGGGAGAGUUAACGGUAAAGGGAUGCUCCUCACUGGAUGCUGCUCCUUCCUGGCACGAUCACACACUGUUUCCCCUCGGUCACGCGGCUGUCACUGAGAUGUGUCCAUGCACACGCAGGGUGGAGGACACGGCCUGUGCUGCUCUGGGCUGACGGUGUGGGGACCAAGCAGGUCACACGUCGCAGAUGAGGAAACAGAGGGGGAUGCUGCGGAGACAUGGCAGGGACUCUUCCUGGAUCACUCCUGCAUUAAACUCUCAUGCACCACAAGAUUCUGUGCUGUCGUAUCCGCUGUGGGUGUGGGACCUCUUUUCGGGAGAGGUGACAAGUCAGAAGUCCUGAAGCUGAAAUAGUUAUGUUUGUGUCAUUGACUGAGUCAUCAACAGCUGUCUUGGACUUUCCCUCCCUUAAACUGACUGGUCAUCAGUAUCAUUAGUGAAAAAGAAACAAACUGUUUGUUACCAUAUCUUUAGACAGAUAAGCUGAAUGGUGGGCUUUAAAUCAUAAAAACAUACACAUCGUUGACUUGUGUAUGGGCUACUCUCGGAUUCUUGUUAUCGUAUACUUGUGUUUAGUCCAUAUUUUGUCAAAAGCAAAACAAGGCGAUACAUCACUUUUCAUUGAAAAGAAAAGUGUAGAGCAUGACUGAACUGCUCAUCAUUCUGGAAGUUUCCAUGUAGUGGCUCUGCAGUGCGGGAAGUGAGAAAAACCUCCAUUGUGGUGAGGAGAAUGCUUCGAUGUCCCUUGUCCUUGUUCUCAUUAAUUCAGCUAAAGGUGGAUUUGACCAAAACAGUUACUGGUUAAAUUUGUAGAAAUGUUGAAAUGGGCUAGGUUUUUAAUUUUGCUUGAAUUUUUAUAAAAUGUUUAACCAAAUGUACCUUUGCAUUAUUUAAUUAAAAUUGCUAAAAAAACUGUUUCAUUAUUUCAGUAAAAUGCUCCGCUCCCUUUUUAAAAUGCCCUUUCUUUGCUGACAGUCCCAGUACACUCAGGUGAUGAGUCAGUUCCAUCUUAGAGCACAGGCUGCCACGUGGAAACCACGAGCAUCUGUUGUCAGUAGUUGUCUAUAUACGAGUCUAGUCUGAUGACCUACAAAAUAUCUUCUGUAGAAAUAUACUAUAAAUCUGUACAUGGCCUUUCAAGGUUUUACAAAGCCAAAAGGAAAGGAAAAUAUGAGCGUUUUGGUGACUAAUUAUUUCUUUAUUGGAGUAUAAUGCAAAGGAGACCAUCAGUGGCCAGGACAUGACUGGCUCUGGAACAGCCUUGCAGACAGGAAAGAGACGGCUUUGUAGACCUGGAAGUAAGUUCACAACGCAGGCUCAUCUGAGAUGAUUAUUGAUCAUUCUUAAAGCAACGAAGAAAGAGCAAAAUAGAAGCAUUAUGCUCAAUGAAAUUUAAAUAUUUUCUUCUAUAAAAAAUUGCUUAAAACAGUUUAUUUUCAUUAAGAGAUAAUCAGAGCACAAAUUGAAAGCAAACACGAUGGUCGUUCUUCUAUUCCAUAUGAUCAUUCAGGGUACACGUGGAACACCUUAAUUUCACAGUCUGUCGUGUGUCUUUUCCUCUUGCCUCUUCUCAUUAAUACAGCUUUUCUGUUUACAUUUUAUAACGUGCACUACAGGAUACAAGUUUACAUUAAAAUUUACUUUGAAUAUCAUUAGGAAGGGACUAAAUAUAUAUGGUGGAGAUAAUUGAUCCAGGCAAAAGAAAUAUUUUAAAAAUGCAAUCAUUUUCAAAAGUUCUUGAAUUUGUAGAACAUACCUAUGAAUAAUCUAUUUUUGUUUAGUUAAUGUCAGCUAUCUGAUGAACUUUCAGUCAUUUACAAAUUGCCUGAUUUGUAUCAUAUAUUGUCUAAUAAACCCAUUGUUCCAUGAUAUAUCACAGGAAGUAUUAAGCCUUUUAUUAAAGGUAUAGUUUUGUGAAUGUCAUCCAUAAACCAGCAGUUACGGAUUUGAGGCUGAGAAGCACUAAGUACAGGAAUACACUGGCUGACCCCCCGUUCGUGUGGAAGGGCGUUUGCGCUCCAAUUAUGUGAUGUGCUGUGUUAUUUUGCGUUAAUUGUAUGUCAGCUUCAUGUUUACUGUCAUUUUACCUGUUGUAUAUAAAAUGAACCAAUCUUGUAAUUAUUUUCAAAUAGAGAAGUCGAUACAUUUACCUGAGGUGGAUUUUAUAAGAAAAUCUUAAUAUUUUGAGUUAUUUCAUUUCAUUUUACAAAUUCUGCACAGCAAACUAGAAACUCACUUAGGAUUAGAAAGCGUGAAGUAUUUUUGAGAAUAGGAAAUACGCUUCUCAGAGUUAUACUUGAUUCAGUCUGUGGAUGAGAGACAGUCUGCAGUAAUAACUAACCCAGGGAAUUUAUUGUAAUUUGAGAGAGAACAUUUUUGUCUUUUUAAGUGCAAAAAGUAAUAGUCACCAGCAAGUCAAGAUUUCAGGAAAACAAACCAAAAACAAGUCAAAACAGAAAAUAUUAGAAAAAUGAAAGAUUUUCAUGGGCUUCCUCCAUAUCCUCAAACAUUCUUCUUUGUUGUGUUUGUGCUUGGCUCUAAAAUCAUUGAAGUAUUCAUUGAUUAGCAGUUUGUCGAUAGGAAGUGGUUUCCCUAUAUGUACCAUACAUCCAGUUCAUUUCACUAUUCAAACUAACAUCCAUAUAUAUUUGCUCAGACAGUUAUUUGAAUUCUUAAGAGUCUGACAAAUUCUGUAUAUUACAUCCAUGUGAAAUUUUGCAUCAUCUUAAUUCCCUUGGUUUGCAUUUCAGUUGUAUAGAGUGUUCCCCAAAAUGGUUAUAGACAUAACUGAGCUAUUACUAACUUCUUAAUUUGAUUUUUUAUGGAUGUGAAAAACUGCUGCUACUUGUCUGUGUUAUUAUGUGAUAUAUUACAAUUUAGUUAAGUACAGUACUUUAAAGAAAGAAGCCUUUCUUUUGCUUAGACAUUUUUAAUGGUAGGUUCCUCUGAAGUUAUUUCAUGUCGAUGCGUGAGUGUUUUACACAAGUCUGAAAGUGUUACUUGCUUUUUGGUUACAGGGGUGGGGGGGACAGCUGAGGAGAGGA